GCAGCAGAAGCCCUGCCUUCUGAGGGCAAACACAACUUUCUGCAUUCAGGGUGAAGACAGAGACACAGUCAGCUCAGCGGAGGUGAGGCACCAACAAUGUGGCGUUUCUACUUCGUGCUGGCAGUGUUGACUGGCAGUGCAGACCCAGUGACAGGGUACAGUAAUGGGAAGGUGAGUGUUGCCUGUGGAGACAUGGUGCCUCAGCACGGCCACACGCCCAGUCCGGCCCCUCCUCCGUACAGCAUCGCCGUGGACACGUCCACAUUCGGCCCAGGUGACAACAUCACAGUAUCUUUACGAGUGGCCUCCUCCAACUCCACAUUCUUUAUGGGGUUCCUGAUAGAAGCUCGGGAUGCUGGGAAGUUGGACUCCCCGGCAGUGGGUUCCUUCAUCCUGACUGAGCCACAUGAGUCCCAGCUGCUACAGUGUGGCCACACUAAGGGAUCUGGAGUGAGCCACAGGAGAAGCUCGAAAAAGACUUAUGUCCAGGCUGUGUGGGAAUCUCCAAACACACCUCCACAAAGAGUGCAGUUUCUUGUGACGGUGGUGCACAAUCAUAAGUUGUACUGGGUGAGGAUCGCAGGUCCUGUGGUGUCUCUUCGAGGAGCGACUGCUGUUCCACCCACUGCUGUUACACCCACUGCUGUUCCUCCUCAAACCACCAGCGCCACUGUUCUCUCCGCACCGUUUAGUUCAGUGGGCUGUGGCCACAGUAAAUCUUGCCUCAGAGAGCCAGUGGGCUGUCACCCAGAGUCAGAUCCACACUGUUUCUUCCUGUCAUUCAUCGCUGAUCCACACGGAACGAGUGUGACGUUUGAAUUGAGUGGGCCUGCUGAAGGAUACUUGGCCUUUGCCUUGUCUCUGGACAAAUGGAUGGGGAACGACGACGUCUAUCUGUGUGUGAAUGAUGGACACAGAAUUACCAUCCGUGCUGCAUAUGUCUCUGGACGAACAUACCCUGAGCUGGCAACAGAGGACGACCUGUGGGGUCGGGCAUGGAGGUUGUCCGAUGGGCUCAUCCAAUGUCGUUUCCAAAGAAAAUCCCUUCUCCCUCUGGUAGAGAGCAGGUUCAACUUAAACCAGAGCUACUUCCUGUUUCUUGCAAAUGGUAGAUCUCACCAGGGUGUAAUCCACAGACACGAUCACCAACCUCUCAUCUCCACCGACCAGAAGGUGAUCACUGGACAUCCAGAGGAUCUGUGUGGCUCCCGCUCCCCCCUACUCAUCAAGUUCCAUGGUGUGUUAAUGCUGACUGUCUGGAUGUGGAUGGUGAGCACAGCCAUCUUCAUUGCUCGCCACUACAAAAACUUCAUGCCUGACACGACUCUGCUGGGACAAAAGCUGUGGUUUCAACUCCAUCGAACUAUGAUGGUCUUGGCCGUGUUUCUAACUGGUGUGGCCUUCACCCUGCCUUUCAUAUACAGGAGGGGCUGGAGCAAGCGUGCAGGCUCUCACCCUUACAUAGGCUGCACUGUCAUGGCUCUGUCUGUCAUGCAGCUAAUUAUGGCAGUUCUCAGACCAGCUCCAGAGUCUCCCAGGAGGAUCAUCUUUAACUGGAUGCACUUCGGAACAGGCACUGCUGUCCACAUACUCGCUGUGGUGUGUGUGUUCCUGGGUGCUGCUCAGCAGGCGCUGCAGUUACCCAGCCCCUGGUCUGCUGCAGUGCUGACUGGAUGGCUGCUGUGGAUUGUGCUGGCAAACCUGCUGCUACUAAUCCGCUCCUACAGACUCAGGAGUCCAGGGAACAUCAACAGUGACGACAAAGAGAGAGUUUGGUUUGCUGGGUUGGGGAGGCAGCAGCGCGGAGAGAUAUCCAAAGUGGAGAAGAUGAUUUUCGUGGUGUUCCUAAUUGGAAAUACAGCAUUCCUGGCUGCAUUUAUAAAAGUUAUUGCAAGUGUAUAAUGAUCACACAUCUUCUUGUAAUUGUUGUAUACUAUAUAAAGGUAUAUACACCUGGAUUUCUGUUAUUGUAAUACUGUCCAUAUUAGUGUAAAGGUGUAACUUUCCUAGUGCCACCCUAAGGCUAAAAUCUGUGAAUGCAAACCAUGUACCAUCUCAUGUACCAAACAAAUAAAACCGGCCAACUUUCUUCAUAUACAUCUUUUAUUGUUGCACUAAUCUCUUCAAUAAUUGCACGAGGAAUACAAAGUAAAAAGCCCCCGCAUAUUUAGUCAUAAAGAGCCCAAUAAGCCUCAAAAAGCCAUGUCAGGGACUUUUCACACAAUGUUUAAACAUCAGCAAGCAAUCUUGAGAUUUGUAAGCUAUAAUAUAACAAUGAAGCAUACAAACAUGGAAUGUAAAACAAUGCUGUUUAAGGUCAGUUGAAUCUAAGGUCAAGAAAGUCACAAGCUUUUAGAAGCUGCUUUUAAUAGUAGCUGGAAAUGUCAAGGCUUUGUAAAUAACAAUUUUCUUUAUUAAAACCAUCAAAUAACGGUGUUUUCUAUUUAGGAAAAUCUUUUGAAAAUACAUCGUGUUUGUGGUUCAUGACAUUCACAAUACAGGGAGCCACAAAGAAAGGUGCUUGAACAUGAAUACUGCCUCCCGGUGCCCUAAACGUUGAAAUAAUCGCUGAAUGUUGGAACAAAGGGUUCAUGUAAGUAUACUGCAGCUUCACUGUACAGUAUAUGAGUGAGCGUUCAUUUAUAGUUAUAUUGUAUAAAGAAUAAAAUACUAUAAUUUGUGGAAAUCUAUUUUAUUAUUUGGAAUUUCCAAAGCACUGAGAUUUCAGACAAUGGAGGUCCACUUUCCACAUGGUGUCAUUGGUCCUCUAGUUGAUACCUGCACGUAUUGGAUUGUCCUUCUGCAGGUAGUGCGUCCUGAAGUGUCACUCAGGGAGCGACAAAACUGAAAUGCAUAUUUAUAUUCUCACUAAAAUCUUGACAUCCCCUUUACGCGUUAUGUUACAUUAUGUGAUUGAACUAUAUGUUUCCAGUGAAAGGUAUAAUAUAUGUUGUGCUUAUUGUUUCCCGUCCAGCUCACCCUAAAAUAUUAAUUUGCGGCAAAACAAA